AUUUACAACAAUGGUACGAAACAAAGAUUUAAUUCAAACGCCUAGAUGAAUAAAAAUGCGAAUAUUUACAUCGCACACUCCGAGGUGUUAGACUUGUCAGUCAAAAAAUAGAUAAAGAAAUAACUCAUUUCAAAUUAAUACUUUAUUACCGAAUAAAUUAAAACGUUUCAAGCUCUAUAUUCUCUAUUUUAUUUAGUUUACUCCGAAGACACUAAGCUAGAAAGAACUUCAUGCAGAUGCAAUGGAUGUUUUUCCAAACACCAUCAUGGACGUAUUUCUAAUAUUAGAUAAAAUUUUCGUAAUAUGACGAAGGAAUGGAAUUACCUAUAGUCAUAUAGAUAAAUUUCGAAAUAUGAUCCUAUCGCGGGCCAGUAGUUUCAUCUACAAAGUAAACACAAUUAUAUCGGGGCAGCUUAUAUUGAUUUUCAAUUUUAUUGUUGACUAAUUUAACACGUACCAAAAAAAAUCGAAAUGAAUGAAGUUCGUAGUUUAAUAACUAAUUCUGCUAAUACGACGUUUACAUAUGAGGAAAAUAGUGAUAAGAAAAUGUGUCGUUUUGGAUUUUAUACCAAAAUGUUAUUAUGGCAAAAAAUUACUUUUUGGGCUUGUAUAGCAUUAUUCAUCGUAAUAUUCUUAGCAUUCGUGAUAAUAUGGGUUAUAUUUCCGUUAGUGUUUAUGAACCAGAUAUCAAUCCAGAGGUUUUUUAUAUUUUUCAAUUUUAAUGAUCCUAAAAAUCCAGACUUCAACCACCCCGAAAAUUAUGGUUAUAAAGGCGUAGCUAAUUUCUACCUAACAACAAAAAAUUCCAAAGAUGAUGAGCUGUUAAGUAUAGGAGCUUGGUUAUUGAUACCAGAUAGUGAAAUCAACAAUACAGUCAUUCGGGCACAUAAUGCCGAAACAGUCAGCGAAUUGUUGCAAAACACAAAAUAUCCUAUAGUUUUGUACCUCCACGGAGUAGCGUGUAAUCGAAUAAAACCUAUGGAAACGUAUAAAGUGUUGAGAAAAAAAUUUAUGUUAGUUGCAGUUGAUCAUCGAGGUUAUGGUGAUUCUGGUCCAAACGUACCUCCUUCUGAAGAAGGUAUAGUAAACGAUACUGUUCAAAUAUACAAAUGGAUUCGAUCACAUACAAAAAAUGACAUUUACGUAUGGGGACACUCUUUAGGAGGAGCCCUAGCCGUCCAUUCAGUUAAACGUUUGAAACUAGAAAAUAUUAUUCCUAUGGGACUUAUUCUAGAAUCAACUUUCACUACAAUCAGAGAAGAAAUUCCAGCUACACAAAUAGGAAAAAUGUUUUCAUGGUUAUUAUGGUUUGAAGCAACCGUUUUAAAUCCGCUUGAGAAGAACGGAUUCCACUUCAAAUCUACCACAAACAUUCUAGACGUAGACUGCCCUAUAAUGCAUUUGCACGCCCAAGACGAUUUUGUUAUACCUUGGACGCUUGGUAAAAAGCUCAUUGAUGUGGCAAUCAAUGAAAGAGAGAUACCGCCCCAAGGAAAUGUUACUUAUCAUAUAUUUGGAAAAUUAGGUUAUGGGCAUACUGGUUUAACAAGUGAUUCAAAUAUUCCGAAAUUUAUUGAUGAAUUUAUAGGAUUAUGCAGGGAUCAAAAUAAACAGAAAGGAUAGUUUAGUUAGGACCCUUGAUAAAAUGAAUAAAUAGAAAACAAUAUAUAAUUGUUACCAAAAAUUGUACAAAAUGUUUUAUUAAAAUAUAUUUUUGUAUCAAAUUUC